AUGGAAGAUAAUAAAAACAUAAUAAAUUCCAAUGGAAAUGAAAUCGAAAUUCAAGAUGAACACGGCUCUAUCUCAAAAAGAAAAAAAGAUGGUAUCAUCAAUAAUUUUAAUUUAAUAAACCAUAUUAACGAUAAAAAUAGCGACAACAAUAGUGAUAACAAUAACAAUAGCGAUAACAAUAGCAAUAUCGAUAACAAUAGCAAUAGCGAUAUUGAUAGCGAUAACAAUAGCGAUAACAAUAGCAAUAUCGAUAACAAUAGUGGUAACAAUAGCAAUAUCGAUAACACUAGGGAUAACACUAGCAAUAGCGAUAACUAUAGCAAUAGCGAUAACAAUAGCAAUAGCGAUAACUAUAGCAAUAGCGAUAACAAUAGCAAUAGCGAUAACAGUAGCAAUAGCGAUAACAGUAGCAAUAGCGAUAUUGAUAGCGAUAACAAUAGUGAUAACUAUAGCAAUAGCGAUAACUAUAGCAAUAGCGAUAACAAUAGCAAUAGCGAUAUUGAUAGCGAUAACAAUAGUGAUAACUAUAGCAAUAACGAUAACUAUAGCAAUAACGAUAACUAUAGCAAUAACGAUAACUAUAGCAAUAACGAUAACUAUAGCAAUAGCGAUAACUAUAGCAAUAUUGAUAACAAUAGCAAUAUUGAUAACAAUAGCGAUAUUGAUAACAAUAGCAAUAUUGAUAACAAUAGCAAUAUCGAUAACAAUAGCGAUAACAAUAGUGGUAACAAUAGCAAUAUCGAUAACAACGGCGAUAGCGAUAACAAUAGCAAUAUUGAUAACAACGGCGAUAGCGAUAACAAUAGCGAUAGAAAUAGAAUUAGAAUUAGAAAUAGAAAUAGAAAUAGAAAUAGAAAUAGAAAUAACAAUAGAAAUAGAAAUUCUAAAAAAAAGAGUCCACGCUAUGAGGAAAGUGAACAAGACAUAGAAAACUAUUUAAAUGAAAAUAAAACUAAUCAUAAAGAUACUAUCAUAAAAAAGAAUAAUGAAAGCGAUAAUAUUAUGAAAAACAAUAAACAUAGACGAAAUUUUAUAGCUUCGAGUUGUGACGAAAAUGAAGCUAAUAAUGAUACCCAUUCUUUGAAAAUUAUUUCGAAUUCAACGCAUAGAGACAUAAAUAAAAAAUCUGACAAAUACAAAAAGGCGCUAUCUGAUUAUGUAAAUAAGCAUGGUAAACAAAUCCUGAAUACCAUUAAAAAAAAGAUGAAAGGUGCAGAGAAUGUAAAUAACAAUAAUAUUACUAAUGGAAGAGAAAAUGAAAACGAUGAUGAUAAUACAUUUAGAUGGAUAAAUUCAUUAUUUCAUAACGAAACCAAUGAUGAAGAAAAUCGAAAUAUGGAAGAAGCUAGCAAAUUUUAUGGUGGUAUAAAAAUUCAAAAAGUAAAUGCCGCUGUCAACCCAACCAAUAAUAACAAUUCAAAAAAAAUUAAUACCGAUAUAAAGGUGCCUGAAGUUUUGGAUAUUGUGAAAUUACCGGAAUCAAAUAAUUUAGAUGAAUCAUUAAAUUCACCAAAUAUAAGUUCAUUAGCUCAAAAUGGCAAUAAUGAAAGUAACCGAACUGGUGAAAAUAAUACCAACGAACAACAAGUUGUGGCAGAAAGAGAAAAUGCAAACAUAGCUGAUUAUAUCUAUAACGGAAAAUGGGAAUAUCCGCUAAGCAUAUAUCAAAAAAUAAUAUUUAAAAGUCCCGAUCAUGAUUACAAAAAAUGGAUAUGCCAUUGCAAUAUUUUAUGCGUUUUAAACCUUCCUUUAAAUGUAUCGGACUCAUACUUAUUAAAAUCUUUAAUAGAUAUGUAUUAUAAACAUAAAAAUCGGGAUAUGACAUUAGAUCUAUUGGAUAUAUUCGAUUUUGAGUAUAUAAAUACUUGUUUGGAAAUUUAUUCGUCUAUUAAUGAAGCUCCAAAAAAAUAUGAAUUACUAGCUAGCCAUUUAGGAAUAAUAAAAUUUGAUAUAUUAUUUACUACAGGGCCAUCUUACACAAAGAAUGAAAUGGUAAUAUCCCAUAUUUAUUCUAUCUCUAAAAAGUUGUAUAAGCCAGAAGAAUUCCCCAUUGGUAGCUUAGGCUUAAUAUAUUUUAAAAAUGAAAAAUAUGCUAAAGAAUUUUGGACUGUUUUUUCGAAAGUUUCAACUAUAAUUAAUGGAAAAGUUAUUCAACUUAUGCCUGACAUAAAUGGGUUCAAAAUAUUUAUAGAAGCAUCUGUAUAUUAUAUACAGCCUGAUUCCCUAUUCGCACAAAUUAAUUAUAACGAGUUGAAUAAGCUGAUAUCUAGUAUUAAAAAUAAGCUCCCAGAAAUAAAUAAAAUGAUGAAGCUUAUAAAGAAAUAUUUUAAACAAGAAAGUAUAUGGAAUCUGAUUUUUUCAAACGUCGACAUAAGUUUCUUAAAAUAUUAUAUGGAAAAUCUAGGAAACUCGCAAGAGGCUGAAACAGGACAGAAUGACCCAAACGAAUCAAAUGAACUAUCAGAGCCAGUUGAGUAUCCAAACACUAAUGGCCAAAAUUCUAUAAUUUCAUUUUCAAAGGCAGAAAAAGAUGAACGAGUUUCAGUUCACCUUUUUAAGACAAAUAAUAAUGAUAUAUGUGUGAUACACAAGGUAGAUGAGCUGAAGUCGAAAUAUGUUUGUUCUCCAAACAUUUUAGUUCGGGUAUACAACACGCAUAUAAACCAAUUUUUGCUGAGUAAAGGAUAUUGUUUGAUAGCAUGUCCAUAUUUAAAUCUAGAAACAGGGAAGAAAGUUGCCGAUUUUUUAAAUAAAUUUUAUUUAUUAGAUUGGAUAUAUAACUCAAAGGAUCAAACAUGCUAUUAUUACGCUUUCAAAUCCAUAUUAGAAGCUUUGGCGGUUUUUAAAAAGAAUUUUAUUGCAUCACCAUAUCAUUAUAUGUGUUCGCUGUUUUUAAAAUUCCCUUUUGGUAUCGUCACGGCAGUUUAUCUAAAUCUUAAUCCCGAUUUUAAUCCAAAUACAAUUAAAACAAAAAAUCCACAAAAAUUGUUGGUAUUAAAAGACGAUGCAGAAAAAAUGCCUAAAUUUAAUUUUGAUCCGUAUAGUAUAUCUAUUAUGAACUGUUUAGGCAUACAAAAUCCUCAAACACAACAACAAGGGAAUACGAGCAAUACCCAAAAUAGAAAUAUAUCGCAAAAUGAAUCCAAUUCUAACUCCAAAAAGAUGUGUUUAUAUCACUCCCAACAAAAACAUAAACUUAAAAUACUUAGCUCAACAGAAGAAUUUUUUAUAAGCACAGAUAGAUGUCUUCAGCACGCAAUAAUCAACAAAAUAUUCACAUAUCAUGUUGGUUUGCCAAAAUCGAUGAAUGGAUCCGCCAUACAGCUUCGUAGAAAUCCCCAAUGCUACAAGUGCAUAACAGAUAUACCUCAAAUCAUAACGCAAUGCACUUCUCAACAACAAAAUGCCACGUCCUUGGGAAAUACUCCCUCUAGAAAUCGAGCUCAAUCCAAUCAGAACAAUAGAAAUAUAAAUACCAGGCAUACGCGUACACCCGUUUUACAACAACCCAAUACCAACUCUUCCAGUUUGCAAACCAGAAGUGCAUUACCAUCUAAUUUAAAUUCAAAUAUGGCACGUUCUUCUAAUUUAAACCAAAACAAUUUGCGUCAAGGAAAUAUGCCUGCGACCAAUUCAAAUCAAACAAGGUACUAUCCUAUUGACUUGAAUCAUCCCGUUUUUCGGUCAAUAGGUUUACAUCAAGGCUGCAUUCAUCCUUCCUACUUGUAUCCCUCCUACUUUCAACUUUCUAACAUCCGUCUUCAAAAUCUUCAAUCUUCUAACAGGCAUUCUCAAAAUCUUCAACCUUCUAACAACAAUCCUCAAAAUCUUCAACCUUCUAACAACAAUGCUCAAAACCCUCAACGUUCUAAUACCAAUGCUCAAAACCUUCAACGUUCUAAUACCAAUGCUCAAAACCUUCAACGUUCUAAUACCAAUGCUCAAAACCUUCAACGUUCUAACAGCCAUCCUCAAAAUCUUCAACCUUCUAAUACCCAUCCUCAAAAUCUUCAACCUUCUAAUACCCAUGCUCAGAACCUUCAACUUUCCAACAGCCAUGCUCAGAAUCUUCAACUUUCUAGUAUCUAUCUUCAAAAUCUGCAAAACCUUCAAAAUCUUCAAAAUCUUCAACCUUUUAAUAUCUAUCCCCAUAAUAUUCAGCCUUGCAAUCGCCAUCCUCAUAAUCUUCAGCCUUGCAACCGCCAUAUCCAUAAUCAUCAGCCUUGUAACCGCCAUCCACAAAAUAUUCAGCUUUGCAACAUUCAUCUCCAAAAUAUUCAGCUUUGCAAUCGCCAUCCCCAAAAUAUUCAUCUUUGCAAUCGCCAUCCCCAAAAUAUUCAGCCUUGCAACCGCCAUCCCCAAAAUAUUCAGCCUUGCAACCGCCAUCCCCAAAAUAUUCAGCCUUGCAACCGCCAUCCCCAAAAUAUUCAGCCUUGCAAUCGACAUCCCCAAAAUAUUCAGCCUUGCAACAACAAUUUUGUUAACCAGCAAACUAUAAUUCCCCAAUUGAAUAAUAAUCAGAACAAUAAUACGCAUCCUAACACCCAGAUCCAAAGUAAUAUAGACCAAAGAAAUUUACAAAACAAUCACCAAAAUAGAAUAGAACCACAUAUUGAAAGACACAAUUUUCCAUCUACCGACUCAUUAAAUCGUUCCACACAAGAAAAUAAUAAUAAUCAUAUAAGAUCAAAUAUCAAAAGAAAGCACAAAGACGGUUCAAAGUUGAAGCAUAUAAAUAAUAUUACAGGGAUAUCAUAUGAUUCCAAUUCACAUAAAUCAAUUAGUAAAUGCAGUAGUGAAAUUUAUGAAAACAUGAGUUCAGAAAGUAAUCGUCUCAAAAAAUCACGCCUAAAUGAUAAUUUAGUGAAUACAAAAUGCGAUUGUCAAGAGACAAAUACAAAUAAAAGUGUAACAAGAAACGAAAGUCAACCAGAUGAAAAUAAUAAUACCUCAAAACACGAUGAUACCAAUGCAAAUCCGACUAAUUCCCAACCAUGA